AUGGCGCUGUCUCCGGAUGAUGAGAGCGCGUACAACAUGCUGUCCAUGAAGAUGCAGCGCGACGUCAACUGUUUGGCUGAUACGGACCGCAGCGUGCGCCGCCGUGCUGCCGACAAGCUCAAUCGUGCGAUACAGAAUGAGGCGACGCGUGUGUCUACGGCGGUCCUGCGUACUCUAUGCGCCUCCAACCUGCAGCGUCCGCUGCUGCUAUGCGCCGAGAGUGACGUUGUCGAAAAGUGUCGUGAGCGAGCACUUACGUCUCUACUGCUCUUGUGCGAGCACGGGGCGCUGGAACCGUCGGACGCGACACUGAAGGAGUUGGUGGCACUGGUGGACGCUAGACUGGGCAAAAUGCCAUACCCUGAGCCUACGGAGGAGAUCCGUCUUUUAAUUCUACAAUUGCUGUACGCGUUCCUGAAGCAGUUCGCUGCCGUUAAAGACUCACCGACGUCGUUGCGCGACGUAAUCACGGAAUUGGCAAACGCAUUGGGCAAGACGGCGGUGGACCCGUUCCCGGACGCCAAGAAGAUGUCGGCGGAGUGCGUCAUUCUCAUUUCCAAGAACUGGAAAAGCGGCGUGGGAAUGCAAAUCGGUACAAUCGUGCGACCUAUGGUGGUUAAUCUAAGCCACCAACACAGUCGUGUGCGUGUAUGUGCUUUGCAAGCACUGGAGGCUGCGGUUCCUUGUGGUUCAGAAGCUUUGCCAGAGCUCAUAAAGGAGGUGCUGCUACCAGCAGUUAAUAAGGUCAUUUUUGAUCAUGCGCCGUCUGUGAGAAGGCAACUGGUCAUCACACUGGCUGCGUGGCUUGGUCAGAUUGAGCAGGUUCAGCAGUUUGAAGCGUCCAUUUUCCCGAUUUUCCUGGCUGGUGUCGUCGAUGAAUCUCCUGAAGUACGAGCGCUUUCACUCGCCAAGUUAAAUGAGCUUUCAGCCAUCUGGGAGACUCGGGGUGAAGACGGAGGUGUCAAAUCAGGCGAUGUGGAGCUUAUGGAGGUGGAUGCGGAGGCUGCGAAAAUUACGCCGCCUCUUUUCUUCGAUACUCGCCCGCCUCUUGGUGCCCGAAAACUUGCUACAAGUAUUCGAGCACAGGUGUUGCCGGAUCUACUCGAGAAAACUGGAGACUGGACUGUGCAUGUGCGCGAGCGUAACACUCAAAUUCUUAGUGCUUAUCUGGUUUUGCUGGAGCAGAACAUGAACCCAUUCCUCGAUAAGGUUUUUGCAGCACUGGGCAAGAUCUGCCGUGACGACGAAGAAGCCGUCUACAGCAGCGUGAAAGCAUGCUUGGGCGUUGUUGGGUUUUACGCAGACUCGCACAUGAUUUUGGCUUCGUUGCUGCCGAUGGUAGCUGGAAGAUUGGCAGGACAGGACACUGCUCAACAUCGCACAAAUGGGCUAAUUCUGUUGGGUAUGAGCAUUGAGGGGAUGACAACAAAAACGAUCGGAUCUCACCUGGAGCUUAUUACAGAGGCGCUGUGUGAUGCUGGUCUGCGCGAAUCCGAAGUUGCAGAUCUACAAGAUCAGUUGGCCGGUGUCAUUUCAAGUAUUAUCAGGACUGCUGGACCACUACUCGCGCGAAAGGACGAGAUCUCCUUUCGACUUUUCUGGGUACUAAACCAUCUACUGGCCUCGUCUCCGGAAGCAUCGGUUGCUCAUGAAAGAGCGACCGAAUCCAUGGAGGAGCUAGCUUCGAAAGUGGAGCAACCUGUUGAGGUGUUAUACGUACGCUAUAUGGGCAAACUCCUAGAAAAGAUGAGGCCCCCUACGGAUGCUAGUGCAAGAUGGCAAAAGAAUGACCCAAACUGCGUACUAUUCGACUCACUUUGCCGGCGUGGAGUAGCGGCUUGUGGAGAAAACUUGGGCAAAAUUGUGCCUGUACUUGUGGCCCACUUAGAACCAGAUCAGGAUGCUGACGUUCGACUCGCUUUUCUUGCGUUGUUGGAGACGAUGCUAGGAACGGAUGCCAUCAGCCAGGCCUUCAAGCCAUAUAGUGUGACAUUGCUCCAGAGGGGUAUCAUCCCAAACAUCGUGUGGCAUGGAGGACGCGUUGCUGCCACCAUUAGAAAAGUGGCUGUAGCGUGCGCGUAUACACUUCUUCGUCAGCGCAUCGCCGACCAGCAAUGCCUGUUUGAGACGGCUCCACAGAUGCUGCCUGUGCUCAAGUCUUCAAUGGACGACUGCGAUGCCAAGACUCGUCAACUGGUCUGCCUGGCGCUACAAUACCUCUUCGUGGCAUUGCCUGGGUGUUUGGGAGAGGAUCCGGUUCAUCAGCUUUAUGCGGAGAUUUUAAAGCGUCUGGACGAUAGCAAAGAUACUGUGCGCAUAGCUGCUUGCGAGACGUUUACCACAUUUCUAAAGGCCGCCCCGAAGGAGCAUUUUAGAGGAACGAUUAUUGACUACACGAUGGACUGCCUGUUUGUCCACCUAGAUGAUUCGGAGCCCGACAUCCAGGAGGCUGUCUUCAACGUUCUCAAGGAAACGGUAGUGAUUGAUGCCCCUCGACUGGCUAAAAAGGCGGAAGAGAAUCGGACGCGUCACCAAAGUCCUCGAUACUGCGAUCAGCUUCAGGCGCUAGCGACUGUGCAGUCGGAAUGAGCUAGGUUAGCCCCCAAAAUGAGACUGUUUUGUCAAAACAAAGAAUGCACAACCUCUCA